GUUGAAAACAUAGCAAUUAAAAACGUGGUCAAGCUAGCAUAAAUACUUGAGAAGGGUAAGGACGAACUCUUUGUUGUAGGUAGCCAGUUGUGAGAGAACAAGGCCUUGCAUAGUCCAGUAUAUAUGUGGACUUUUUAAAUUGUAAUAACAUUUAUCAUCGAGUAAGGUAUAGAUAGGCAAAAGCGAUAUAAUUUCAUUCUAAUAUUUUAAUUAUAACCAUCAUUUGCUGCAUUAAAAAUAAAUUUUUGGGGUGAAGUGCUAAUUGUCAGAAGAAUAUGGAAGGAGGAAAAUCUGAAGAGAGACUGGAGAUAGAAACAGUCAAGGAGGAGGAGAAGAAAGAUGAUAAUCUUUGUUCAACUGUCGCUGCUUUAGGAAUUUGCGGCCUAUUUUCGUUGUUAUUCGUAGGACUAGUAGGAUAUAGUAUAGCAAAGGUAGCGUUGGGUUCUAUGAAUCUAUUCCACUGUGCAAUAGAACCCCUUAUAGCGGCUUAUAUGAUCGUCAGCGGAUUGUCCCCGUUACUGUUCGGUGGCUAUGGUUACGAUGACGACGAUGACGAAAAAAAGUCAAAAUUAUCCUUGGCCUCGAUAACUUUUGCCGUCUUGUUUCACGUCGCCUGGGUGAUAUGUGGCAGUGUAUGGACAUACCCGAACUUCGGAAAAUUAAAUGAUGUAGAUUUUGUAAAGUGUGAUGAUUAUACAACUACUGGAUGCUUAAAAGACAUUUGCGACAAAUCGUUCAUUACAUUUGCUGUUGCCACGGUGACAAUUGAUUGGAUAUUCACGGCGUUAGGUGUCGUGGCAUUUGUUUUUAAACUGAAGAGUUUCUUCAGCAGAAGUUCUUAAUUUCAGUUAUGACAUAUCUAAGACAAAGACAUAUUUGUUGGAAUAUUGAUACCUGGAAAACAGUGAUCCCUCGGAACCGGAAAAAAGUGAUACCUCGGUAGCAUUAAAAA